AUGGCCCCCAAGAAGAACAAGAGAACCGCCGACUCCAUCAACUCGCGCCUGGCGCUUGUGAUGAAGUCCGGUAAGGUCACCCUCGGCUACAAGUCUACCCUCAAGAGCCUGCGCACUGGAAAGGCCAAGCUCGUCAUCAUUGCCGGAAACACCCCUCCUCUGAGGAAGUCUGAGCUCGAGUACUACGCCAUGUUGUCCAAGACCUCCGUCCACCACUUCUCCGGCAACAACAUUGAGUUGGGCACUGCUUGCGGUAAGCUCUUCCGCUGCUCCGUCAUGUCUAUCCUCGAUGCCGGUGACUCCGACAUCCUGUCCCAGAACACCGAGAACUAG